AUGGGUGUGAUACGGCUUCCCAACUUGUCUAGGAUCCUGUGUUUUUCUUUUCACAUUAUUCUCAUUCUGCUUCAACAGACUACUGCAGCACGAGAGCUGAAGUUUGUGGUUGUACUUUUCCGACACGGUGACCGAACACCAAUUGUAAACUUUCCAACCGACCUACACAAAGAAAGUGAAUGGCCCCAGGGAUUUGGACAACUCACCAAGACUGGAAUGCAGCAGCUCUUUGAACUGGGACAGUACAUGAGGAAACGAUAUUCCAGCUUCUUGAACAGCACAUACAACCGGCGAGAGUUUUACAUCCAAAGUACAGAUUAUGAUCGCACCAUUAUGAGUGCCCAGUCAUAUCUUUCUGGCCUCUUUCCACCAAGUAGCAGCCAAAUUUGGAACCCUGAGCUUCUCUGGCAACCCAUUCCAGUUCAUAUUUUUCAAAAAACAACAGAGCAGAGACUGAAUUUUCCUCUGCCCAACUGUCCCCGCUUUGAUGAACUUCAGCAUGAAACACAAACUUCUAAAGAAUUUCAAGACAGAAUACAACCAUACAUGGAUUUUUUACAAACAAUGGCAGUUAACACAGGACUUGAACUAAAUCACCUUAAAGUACUGGACAAUUUCCAGCUCUGGAAUACAUAUGAUACUCUACACUGUGAGGAUAUUCACAAUUACACUCUCCCUGUAUGGGCCACUGAAGAUGUAAUCAACAAGAUGGAAAAACUGGCAGAAUUGUCUUUACUCUCAUUAUUUGGAGUUUAUAAAAGGGAAGAGAAAUCACGACUACAAGGAGGUGUCCUUGUGAAUAUAAUUUUAAACAGUAUUAAACAAGCUGUCAAUUCUUCAGCACAAAGGAAAAUGGAGGUCUACUCUGCACAUGACACCACAGUUGGGGCCCUCCAGAUUGCUCUCAAUAUUUUCAAUGGAAAACUGCCACCAUAUGCUGCUUGCCAGUUUUUUGAACUCUACCAAGAAAGCAAAGGGCAAUAUAGCAUCGAAAUGCAUUAUCGGAAUGACACUUCGAAGGAUCCUUAUCUCCUCACUUUGCCAGGGUGCACCUCUUCUUGUCCACUUGAGAAGUUUGCUGAACUAGUCUCUCCUGUGAUUACAGAAAACUGGUCAAAAGAAUGUGGGAAGAAAGAUAAAAUGAAAGAUAUUUUUAUUGGAUUUAAUGUUGCUGUUGGCUUGUUGUCCACUUUUAACCUUGUACUGCUCUACCUCCUUUAUCAUUAUGGACGCUGCAGGCACAGAAACAGCUACCAAGACAUUUAA